AUGUCAAGUUUUUCUCCGAAGCAAUUGCACCAAUGCGCACGGUUCCCAGGAACUGCAUGUACACCAGAGAAGGAGCCAAAGGUACGCGAGCCGGCCAAGAUUAAGACAGCUACACUGCGUGGUAUCAGAAAAUGUCUAAGUUGUGGAACUAUUAAUGGCAGUCGUGCGCUUCUGUGUCGCAAUCCUGUGUGUCCACAAAAUAAGAAUGUAUUUGAUGGAGUGCAGCUGGUCUGUCGGCGAACCGGCUGUGCUGUGUACUCACUGCGUACAAAGGAACGGGAGCAGGAUGCACAACCCCGGAAUUUUGUUUGCAUUGAGGAUGUGACAUUGUCACUGCAACCGAAUGCAGCCGUUGUGUCCAGCAAAGCGGUCUGUCAUGUGGAUGCGUGUAGGAAUGACAACAACUGCAAGCACAUCAAAGCCUGCCGAGAAUGCAGUGAACAGAUGCCCAAGGCGCUGGUGUAUACAGUGUCGCGGGAGGUGCUCUGGAAUCUCAACAUAAGCCUGGAGCAAAAACAACAGCUCUGGCAGCAGUACAAGAUCGCCGAGGAGCAGGAGCAGAUGCCAGCGGUGCAACGCUUGAAUGCCACCACUUUUGUGGUGAAAUGUGAACGCUCGAAUACGUUUCCAGCUGAGCAUCUGCAUGUUACCGCACUGGCUAAUGGUUUGUCCACCAAAAAGGGCACCUAUGCCUGUGCCUGUCGCAAACUUAAGAUCAUUGUGGAACCGGACAACUCGCUAGUCAUGCAGGAUGAGAUUUGUGAUCAUUUGCUGCUCGUCUUGGCUGGAAUUCUAAGUUCGCCGCAGGGUAAAACGGUCUAUGGCAACUUUACGAAAUCUCUGCAAUCCUUUUGGAUGCCCGCCAAGUUGGAAACACCUCUGGGCGAGGUCACACACGAUGAUUUGCGUUUGAGCUUAAGCAUCAACAUUGGCGGUGACAUUGAUCCGCAUGAGGACAUUUACAUCUUUGACGACGAAUGCUGUGAGACUGUUACUGACCUGCUGCCUCUGCCGGAAGAGCUUCCCGAUGUUGUUUACAAUGUGGAUUCUACGCCUGCCCAGAACAGUGCCAACAGCAGUGCUGUGGUCCGCUAUGCCAACGAUGCUCAGCUCCUGUCCAAUUAUGACAUAUAUGCCGAACAGCAGAAUCAACACCUGGAGCUGACAGACUGCAAUAUUGAGCUGAUGGAUCAGUAUCAACUGACUGAUCAAAUUGAUUUGUGCAGCGAAGAUAUUGAGCUGCCGUUGGUCAGUGAACCUUUCAACAUAUUGGCGCCUCCGCCCAUUUUUACAAAUGCGCCACCAACGACAACCAAUCAGCUGCCACCUAUUGAAUUGCCCACCAUUUCUGUGAUCAAAGAGUCGGCCAUCAAAGCAUCCGAAAUUGUCAACGAAGUAAAGACUCGUAAGCAGCCGCCCUUGCCAGCGAAACGUACGCUUAUUGUAAAUGAAUCCACGGGUACAGCCGCUGUUGAAGCUGUAGGAGUGGAGGUGGAGCCAGCGUUGGCCUAUGAGGCCUGGCUGGAUUAUGUGAUAGAACUGAUCAAUGACUCCAUUGAGCCUGUGCCAGAACAGGCGGCAGUAAGCAGGCGCUUGGUGCAGCACAGCCUUCAUGUUCACAAGGAAACCUUCUCCCAUUUUUGCAAGAGUUUCAGUGCUGGAAUCAAGCAUCGUCCACUUCAUAAGGUCGCCGUCAUUGAGACUGGCAAACACAAAGGUCUCAGCAAAUAUGUUUGGCAUUUUAGCGCUUCGCACACUGUGAAGCGCAUCUUCAGUAGUCGUAAUCUCUGUCUGCAGCUGGAACGCUCCUUUCAACGUCACAAAGAUGGACAUUUUGAGCCAUAUGUGCGUCAAGCGCCUGUGCAGACAAUUCCACCAAUCAAGCAGCGUUUUGUCUAUACAAAACUGAGACUAUAUAUGGUUAACAUGCUCUUUGAUACUGAGCAAAAGGACAAGAGCGGAUUGCUCUUAUCAUGGACUCCAGACGUGCUGGCACGCAGUCAUUUUGGCCUGAUGCAAGUUGAAUUUACUCUGCAAACGCGUUCACCGAUUUAAAUGUACUACACAUGUGCGUAA